GAUCGGGGGAUUCGCGCGCGAUUCACACACCAAAACAAAUCGUUGUCAGCAGGCGUCCGGCUGUUCUGUUUUCGGUUUUGUCAUCUGAUCACGACGCAAAUAUGGCACCGCUUCUGAAAGUAUGCAAGGAGCUCUUUGGCACUAGUAAUUUGUUUGAAGUGUUGGACGUCGACAAAGAUGCUAAUGAGAAUCAGUUAAAGAAGGCUUAUCACAAAUUGUCCUUGAAAAUACACCCCGAUCGUGUCGACGAUGAAGAAAAAGAGAUGGCCACUCGAAAGUUCCAGACAUUAGGCAAGGUCUAUGCUCUUCUUAGUGAUAAAGAUCUUCGUGCAGUCUACAUAGAAACAGGAGAAGUAGACGAUGAAGCUACAGUUACUGAAGACAGGGACUGGGAUGAGUAUUGGAGACUAAUGUUUAAGAAGAUAGAUAUUCAAGAUAUUAAGGAUUUUGAAGCUAAGUACAGAGAAUCUGAGGAAGAAAUGAAUGAUCUGAAGCAGGCAUAUCUUGAUGGAGAGGGAGAUAUGAAUUAUGUUUUAAGUGAGGUGUUGUGUUGCACGUAUGAAGAUGAAGGCAGGUUCCGUGGGAUAAUCGAGGAAUGGAUCGAGAAAGAAGAAGUCCCUGAUUUCCCAAAUUUUAGCGAAGAAGAUAAAAAGAAGAAAAAUGCAAGGAAGCGCAAGGCUGCAGCAGAGGCAAAGGAAGCACAGCAAAUGAAAAAGGAGCUUGGUUUGGGUGAUGAUAUGGAUAGUCUUAAAGCACUGAUUCAGAAACGAAACAAAGGCAGAGAGGAAGAGAUGGACUCUUUUCUGGAUAACCUUGCUGCUAAGUAUGGUGGGGGAAGUGGAAAGAAGAAAGGUAGUAAGAAAGGGAAAUAAUUUUUAUACUUUACUCCAAAAUUCACUGUAUUAAGAAUUACUAGCGUUAUUUUAUUUUGUUAUUUAGAUGUGAUGGUAGGAACUUCUUUUAUUGUGUAAUUAAAUGUGAUGAUAGAAACCUAUGAUAUUUAUUUUGGUAUUCCAUGUUCAUUAUACGUACUCUGUUCACCUAAUUCUAAUAAUUGGAACCCAGAAUGUUUGAUCAAGACUGCACAUUGGUUAAUGAAACACUGAUGAGUGGUGAACAUGCAGCUGCUCAUACUUUUCACUUUAUAAUGUAUAUUAUUUAUAUGUUCCUUUGUAAAUGCAAACCAUUGCCUUAGAUAGGAGGAACAUUCCUUGCUGUUAGGUGGAAUUAGUUGUUGAAACUUAAUAAGAACAGUAAUUAUUAAUGGUUGCCACCACUGAGGAGCUAUUCUUCAGCUGCCAUCAAGUGAGAAUAUCUUGUAGCUCUGUUGCUGACUACUAAGUUGGAGCUUGUUUUCUUUAUCUGGGAAAGUGUUAAGGGCCGAAAGGGCCUGGGUGAGUUUCUGUGGUUCUUCGUGCCCUGCAUUUAGGUGAAUCCCCACCAUUAUUGUUUCUUUUUAAGAGUAAUUGCCCCCCAACUCUCCAAAUGUUUACAUUUGCUGUAGGUAAAGGUGACACAGAUCUCACCAAGUAAGCUUCUUACAUCAGGUUGACUCUUGUUUCCCAGGCAUAGGGAGUGCUCACCAGUGAUGCUUCUCCUAAAGUAUGUAUGAUAGAAUCAGUGCUACCUUUUUACUUUUAUGUGUAUGAUCCUUUGUGCACUUACAGACAGGGUUCGCAUGCAAUGGGUUUCAAUUGUGUGGUGCUCUUUGGUACUUGAACACACUUGUGUCACCCUGGUAUACUAGUGGUCUAGUUGCACCCCAGUAUACUAGUGGUCAACAAGACUUUGGAGUUUCAUUCAUGACAUAGUGCCAUGCCCACUCGUCAGGUCUCUACUAAUUUGUUUUCACUGAACAUAGGGAGUUCCAUUUGACAGAUAACCACAGCUGGGAACUGUUCCAUGGUCAGGUUAGCUUUGGCUCGGCGUGAUUGCUCGUUACUGGUGGUACUUAUUGUUGUACCCCUGUAAUAUGAGCGGACAUGCAGUGCUUCCCCAUAGCUCACUUGGUAGUCAUUGUUACCCUCUUGGUUGGGGUGCAAGUGGGACCAUGUUGUCCAGUUACAGAGAGGAUAUUGUUGCUAGUUAUUUAUUGUAUGGAACCCAUAAAUUCAAGAACAAUUUGUUUGCACACCAUUUAGUGUUGUAGUACAUUUGGAACUCCUGAUGUCUACAAGCCUGAAAUAGUAGGAGAGGGUUCACUAUAUCUUUGUAAGCCAUGCACAUGUUAUUUGGCCAACUUUUGGUAUGUUCCAAGUUUGUUCAAGCCAAUUUGUAGUUACUCAUUAACACAUGCAUUGGCAGUGUGUAGUUUGGUUUCAACUGAUCAUAGUCUAAAGGAUACAAACCAAGAUUUCGAGAGGUUAGAAGUUAAACUACAAUUGUUAUUAUUCAAAAUUUUGUAGGAUUUGGACCAUAAUUUUGAUUAGUUGUGACUACAUAAAAUUAUUUUUUAAUGAUUGGUGCUGCUAAGUCUAGCUGUUCAUGCCCACAGCCUGAAAUAACUCACCAGGGAGAGUAACUCUUGAUUUAGGGAAUUUGUAAACCUGAGGGUUUUUCUCUUUCAGAACUUCUUCAGCAGAGUUGGAACAGAAUUGUUUGGCUUAAUAUGAAGUAAAUGAUUUUGGGGAAAGUUGCCACUGUCCCUUUGUGUAACCCUAAUUGUUGAUGGAACAUUCUCUAGGGUUUACUCAGGAGGUGAGGAAGUUGUUCUGAAAGCUGUGGUUGCUGCUAGCCUGUGGUUAACAGUCUGUUUUAAGGAUCAUAGUGUUCCCAGCUAACCACAAAUCAAGCAAACUUCUUCAUUGCUGGAUGACCAGAGCCUCCUCAUGGGAAUUACACCUGAACUCUCCACCUCUUGAAGUGUUAAUUCUGGCAUCCUUUGAGGUAUAGUUGGUACAGAUAGAGAAUGCAUGCUUGCAUUUUAUCUGACUUUGGGAUGUUAAUUAACUGGGAGAAGCCAGAUCUUUUGUGUCUGCUAGUUUGGUUUUGCUGAUCUCCUUGCCCACCUAUUGUUACAGAACUCUUGUUCUGCAUGGACUUCUCCCUUGCACUAGCUUUAGUGGUAACUGAAAUGGCAUUGAUCAGCUCCAAGUGAUCCUACCUCCCAGCUUGUGCCGUUAGCAUAGAUAUGAGAGAGCAUCUCACAGAGUUGCUGGAUGACAAGAACCUCCUCAUGGGAGUUUUCUUCCUGAACUCAGCUCCUUCCAAAGUGUGUCUACUCAGACACAUUGGGGGAGAGUUAGGGUGUUCACCUUAAUGACCUGUUUGCCUCAGGUAUGCGGGUGAAGGACAUACCUUAUCUGCACAUCUAUAUUUCAAGAGGCAAGCAGCACCACUAGCCCUGCAAACAUUCCAGGCUUGUUUGAUGGGUUACUCCAUUGUGUUGGUAAGUGGAUGUCUGGUAUUCCUUCAUCUUUGACAGUUGGAAAAGUAAAUCAAGAGUGGAUAGUUUGCCACUGGCAUCCAGGUACAUUUCAAGGGGAUGUAGGGGCAAAUAGUACUUACUUCCUUUCAUAGAUACAGUUGGUCCCCGGUAUUCGUGGUGGACGUGUACCACAAACAAAUACUUAAAACCCCUUUAAAAAUGCUUAGAACUGUUUUGAUAGUUCAAAAAGAAAAAAAAAGGUGCACUGUCAUGAAAAUGAUGUGCAAAAAUAGUUAUUAGUGAAUAUUUCUCUGUGAAAAAUACAGAGAAUAGAGAAAUCCGCUAAUAGGUGAGUCCACGAAUUGCAAGACCGCAAAUAGCAGGAGUUGACUGUAUACAGAUCGGAGCCUAUUAUCAUAUUACCCACAUCAACCACCUUAUAUUGUUCUUGAUGGCGAGGAAAAAAGUGGCUCAGUGAUUUCAGGUUAGUGAGAGUAGUAUUCCCUUCUCACCCCCAUCACCCAACAGUUAACUACCUUAUUAAAAGGUUUCAACAACUAAUUCCAGCUUGCAAUGAGGAAUGCUCCUCCUUACUAGGUUCUGGUUUGUAUACCUGGAAAAUUUGUUAGUCUGCCUAUCCAUUGAAAUGACAUAAACCAUGGAGAUUCAUAGGUUAAAUAUACAAAAGGAUAACCUGUUCCAUGUAGUGUGCCCUUCCUAGCUAAAUAAGGUCAGUGACUCCUGCUAUUGCCUAUUGGUUUGUAACUAAGGUCAUCCACCAGGCAUGCAGGGUUGAAACCAAAGAAACAGGAACACUCAGUGCCAUUAACCUUAUCUGUCAUCCUGCUGUUAAUGAUUUUUGUUGAAAGGCCACAAUUUUUUAUUGGAUCUAACCUUUACCCAGAGAGAUUUCAUCCUUUGAAGCAACAAAUACUUGUACCUGAGCUUGGGGCGUGAAUUGAGGUACUACUACUAGCUGGGCCAGCUGGAGGUUGGACCCCAGGUAGGAGAUGAGUGAAGAUGGGGAAGACAUGAAAAACAUGAGUGCCAGAAUUUUGCUGAGGCUCUUUGCCUCAUGCACGUUGGAGUGGGAUAAAUGUCAAAUUUUUUUUAGUAAUGGAAAGACAGUCUGCAGAGAACAGCUAUGUCUUGCCUCCCUCUAAGCAGGAUUUCAUUGGUAAAUGAUUGAUUUCUUAAUGUUUUGAUCCCAUAAUGAGUGUUCCAGAGUGAAUGAAAAAUCUUUUGCCUGAAGAGAUAUUAUCACGGAUGAUGACCACAAAACUCAGAGUAACAGCUCAGAAGCCUCUUACAGAAACUGAGGGAGAUUUAUCCGAUUCCGAAGAAAACCAUAAUACAGAUUCGAGCAACGCAUUGCCAGUAGACUGGGUAGUAACCGAUAAGGAGGAGUCCAUUCAUUUUUUGUUUGCCCAAAGGUGUGAAACAUAUUGUUCAGGGUAAGGGAAACCCUGUGGGGUUUUUAUGUAUAAGUUUUUUUUAUGACUAAGUUAUGAGGCACAUUGUAACAGCAAUGAACACAUGAGCCAACCAGUUUCUACAUGAAUAUAUAGAAAGUUUGCCUACAAUAUCACAUGUACUAAAACGGUAUGAUACAAAUGUAAAUGAAAUUAAACCAUUCACUGCUCUACUGGCUCUUAAGUUUCAGGGAAUGGCAUACGACAGGACAAUUUUUUCCUUUUUUGUUUCAUGCUUUUAAUCUUUAGGAUAUAAAAAUAGGAAAAAAAUAUUUCAUCUUUUUUUAUUCUACAUUAUUUAAUAUCCUUACUUUACACACAAAACAAUGUGAGAGUAUAAAAGAGCAAAUAAAAAGGCAGAGGAAUGAGCUUCAGUGUAAAUGUGUCUGCUUAGGGGUUUUCAACUGCAAAGUUACUUGUGGUCACAUAAUGACCUGUAAAUCUCAAUGAUGCUUUGAAAUUAUACUAAGAUGGGACUAUGACUUACGUUUCUCUCUCUCUCUUUUGUUGGAUAGACCUGUAAGGACGUUAUUACACAGUUUUUAUCCUUUCAUUCCAAGUGAACAGUAUCAUAAAAUAUUAAGAAAUAUUUAAGAUUGAAUUGAUUUAGCUUCUCGAUGCAUCUAACUGUACGGAAACGGCAGAUGGCCAUCAGAAUAAGGCCGAGAUGUUACGGCAGUCUUGAAUGGUGCAGGUGUAGCCCAGAUGAACUGUACAAGAUUGUUUCUAGUUAUUUGAUUAUUUAUGAAUAAUAGCUAGCCUUAAAUUCUGGGUGAAAUAUAUAAUAUACUGGGUUUGCAACAUUUUUCUGUGAUCAUUCCAUUACUGCAAAAGGGUAAUGUGACAGUGAUUUCAAGAACUUUACGUAAAGGAAUUUAACAGAUAGUUUGGAUUCAGAAAGCAUUGAUUGUAUGACUAGAGCAGAGAUUUUCACGUUAUUCAGUACAGUGUUCCCCCAUAUUUGUGGAUAUUUCUCGUAGAAAAAUACUGCGACUUGGCGAAUUUUCUGCGAAGACUGGGGGUAUAUGUUCCAGAGAGAAAUCUACGAAUAUGGGGGUUCACUAGUUUUCUUGUAACCAAAGUUACUUCAUACUUCUUACAUGAUGGGAUUAGCAGAGCAUUUUUAAGUUUAUGUGUAUUAAAAAAACUAGCAAUUGCUUGUAUGUGUAAAUUUCAUUAAAAAAUAAAUGCCAAUUGGCUUAUGAUGGUCAAGACCGACACUUGAAAACAUUAGCAGAUGAUUUGGACAUGCCUUGCUAAGUUCAAAAUUUAUUGAUUGAAUUGGUACUUUAUGAAUACACACCAUGUGAGAAAACUUUAUUCAGGUACCAGAAUAGAAAGUAUCCCCAGAGUGCAGGUUGCAUUUUAUUUUUGUAUGUUCUAAAAUUAUGAUGAUGUAAUUAAGAUGGUGACCUGUUUUGUAUGUUGCCUCAUAAAUGAAACAAUAGUUGUGUUCUUUAUGCACAAAUAUUUUUUUACAUUUAUUUUAUUUGUCUUUGGUAGCUAUAAACAUUUUGCUGUAAUAUAUGUUUGUUUUCUGGAGGAAUCAAAAGAUUUGAUAUAUAAAAAGCUGCAGUUAGUAUUAGUGCCCUGAAGUUUCCACAUCCUAAACAUUUUGCGUUGCUUUACAUUUGUGUUUUUAGCAAUAACAUUUUAAUGUUUUAGUCUUGUGGGUAUGUAAAGUGAUAAUUUAUUUUAGGAAAAUUUUGAACAUUAUCGUCUUCUGGUUUAGUCGCAUUUGACCAUAGUUAUAUUUUUUAUAAAAAAGUUGAGCCAACUCUGUGAGAACAGAAUUUUUUCUGUGUGUGCUUAAAUGGAUUUUUAAAUUGGACUAAUUUAAUUAAUAUAUUGUUAUUCACUGGUUCCAUGCAACGUAAAAACACCAUACAAACAAACAAACACAAUAUAUUGUUAUUUGCUAUUAAUUUUGUUAAACUAUACAGGCAGUCACUGGCUUACAACGGGGGUUUCGUUCUUGAGACGUGCUGUAAGCCAAAAAUCUUCAAAAAUCCUAAGCAAACCUUACUUAUAAUGGUUUGGGUGUAUUAAAAACUAUUUAAACUGCUUUUUUAUUGCAUUUUUCAUAAAAAAUCUUCAAAUAUGAUUAUUUUGCAUUUUUGGAGUAAUAUUUCUUCCGUCAGAUCGGCAUCGUAAGCGGCGAAACCUUGGAACACGAGUCGUAAACCUUGAAAUAAUUUCUGAUGAAUAUAAUUGAAUUUUUCUCGUAAAAAAAACCCUUGAGCAUUUUACCUAAGGGUAGAUGUAAUAUUCUCUUGGAAAUAACUUUCAACAAAAUUGCAAUUCAUGAUAUUGGAUCUUUAUUAGGUUGCUUGAUGGGUUAUCUUUUAUAUUUAUGCCUGCAUUUGAUUGUCAGUUGAUUUGACCAAGUUUGACCAGAUUAUGUGGCCAUGUUUGUUUGACGAUUUGUCUAAGCAAGCUUUAUUGUGUUUUUGUAUUAGAAACUGUGAUACUAGAUGAAAUGCUGUUAACAUAAAUGGUUAAGUUCAUGGUACUUGACUGGAAUUAUUAAAAAUUUGUUGUUUUUGGUAUAUAAAGCUACAUACCUUUGCUUUCAGAGCUUUGUACUUGUAAUUUGGAGCUUUAGCUUGAUUCAUAUAAACUUGUUUGUGGUUUACUCUUUUUGACAAGUGUUAUGUCAUGUAUAAAAUAUAUUCUGAUUUUAGCAAUUGUUUCUGUAAUUAAGAGGUGUACUAUAUGAAAGCCUGUGGGUGUUGAACUGUAGCAAUUGUUUGUAUCUUUCAUCAAUAAACUAAAUAAAUCGUU